AUGGCUUUCUACUCCCCCGAGAAACCAGAUGUCAUCUUCGACGAGGACGGCGACGUCCUUCUCACCGUCGGCGACCAGAGCGAAAAACGCAACUUCCUCAUCCGCUCGUCCCUCCUUCGUCAGCACAGCUCGUACUUUGACGACGUGCUGAAAGUUCAGAGCCAUGAUUCCAAAAAUCCUUGGAGACGCAGUUACAAGCGCGCCGACGUCUUAGCUCUGUUCAUCAUCCUCCGCGGUCUUCACAGCAACAUUUGGCCCAAGCAGGUUGGUUUGAGGCUCCUCGUCCGCUUGGUCGGAGCCACUUGGCGUUUCAACUUUGACAGAGAGCUUCCGGAUGGGAGCGCGCCGCUGAGGACCGCUGCGUGGGGGUGGCUUUUUUCUAUCCGCGAGCGGCUUGGCCUGAGCGACAUGGUCAGGAGGUGGACGUUGAUGAAGGCUGCGUACUUCUUUGGUAAUCUUGCGGCGUUCAACAGGCUCAGUCUUGAGCUUGUCCGAGGGCAUAUAGGACUCUUUGCGAAUCUGGAAAAUGCCCAGGCGGCAAUUCUAGGGCUGGGGGUGGAUUUCCCAACUCCCAUGAAAGUAACGCCGGAUAGUCUUAUUCUUGGUAAGUCCGAUCUGCCCUAG